AUGAACGAGAGUAUGACGGAGAAAUUGAAGGGCAUUCUUGACUCCGUUGACUCGUGCGCUAUCACAACAGAUGCAUGGACAUCUCGUGCAAAUGUUAGUUAUCUAACUGUAACGUGUCACUUUAUUUUAAAUUUCGAGCUUAAGACGGCAGUGCUAUCUACAAAGCCACUAAUGGAUGAGACAAACCAUUCAAGUCUAAAUAUUGCCAACACAUUGCGUGAAAUAUGCGAUGAGUGGAAAGUGUUCGACAAACUGCACACCAUUGUGACCGACAACACAGCAUCUAUGAUUAAAGCGUGCGAAUUAUUGAAAAAGAAACACUUACCGUGUUUUGCGCACACUCUUAAUCUUGUUGUGCAAGAUGCUUUAAAUCUGGAAAAUGUGCAAAACGUUUUAAAAAUCACAAAAAGAAUAGUGUCCUAUUUUAAGAGUAGCGCUAUUGCUUAUGCAAAGUUCAAAGAUGCCCAAGGCACCGAAAAUCCUUGCUCUCUAUUGCAAGAGGUCCCUACUCGCUGGAACAGCGCAUUACAAAUGAUUCAGAGAGUGUUGCGGACAAGAGAGCCCCUAACUGGCACCCUUUUAAGAUGCCAUAAUGCUCCGAUUCCACUGUCAGAGGAUCAAUUUCGGAUUUUGAAGGACUUGUGCUCGCUUUUGGAACCGUUCGAAAAAGCCACAAAACAUGCGUCUGCUGCAAAGGGCGUUACAAUUUCAUUAAUUGCUCCUGCAAUUUUGGCCUUAUCGCAAAGUUUGGAAGAGCUCCAUGAGCAGAUGUUAACACCUGUAGGGAGAGAAACUUGCGAGUUUUUACAGAGCAACGUAAAAAAAAGGCUCUUCUCAUAUGAGAAUAGAUCAGCACCACGCCUUGGAACUCUUCUUGACCCACGCUUCAAAAAGGAGGGUUUCCAAAAUCCGUCAAAUGCCCAGCAGGCCAUGUUGAUGUUGGAGGGAGAGGUUCAUAAUAUAAUACAGGACGUGAGAUCUAAAAAUUCCACAGAGGAACUGCCAAGGAAUGAGGAGACUCCAUUUUUAUUUAAAUGCAUGGCAGGAAAAAUAAAAGAAAAAAACAAAAGUUCACGGGCGGACUCAAUUAUUACCAUUCGCCAAUAUAUGGAGCAGCGCAAUGCUCUUCAUGACAGCGAUCCGCUCCAAUAUUGGCAGAUUAACAAGGAACAUUUAUUUGCACUUGGACAAUGCGCAAUAAAAUUCUUGUGUAUACCAGCAAGUUCAGCUGAAUCAGAGCGCACAUUUAGUAAAACAGGAGAUAUUGUGACGGAACGGAGAGCAUGUUUAAAACCUAAACAAGUGAACACAUUGGUUUUUAUUAACAAAAAUCAAUGGCUACUUUAA